AUGGAAAACAAGUUUGAUGAAGGUCCGCGCAACUACAGCGAUGAGUCAAGUGCCGUUGAGUUUGACGAUCAAGACGAGGACGAAGAAAAAGAAGAAGGUAAAACUGACGUCAACCUGAAUUCGAGCGACGAUGACGACGAAGACACCAGGUCUUCGAAGAGCAACAUCAAGGGACACACGCGCACUCAAUCACUUGAGAAAUCUACCGUCAUUUCAAGUCCCGAGCAAAGAACGUACAGAGGUCCGUCGCUUGAGCAUGUAUCAGCGGCUGCGAUGGAUUUUGAAGCAGCCUACAUCGUUGAUUCAGUGGGGGAAAUGCCGACUACGUUCAAGUCGGCUAUGGAGUCAAGCGACUCCGGCAAGUGGAAAGAAGCGUAUGACUCGGAGUUCGACUCGCUUCAGAGAAACGACACGUGA